CAGACCCCGAGUUAGACUCACCCACGAUCUCAGCUCAGUCCUCCCCACUGUCCCAAGGAAAGGAGAGAGAAAAAACCAAACUUUCAAGAGCAGCAACCACAACAACAACAACAACAACAGAUCAUGAGCUAACACUAUGCAACCUCAGCUCCUGUAAUUCUCGACGCUUGAUUCCUGCGGCAUUCAUCGACCUCGUACUUGCUCCGGAAUCUUGAAUUCCGACGGGGGCUGAGCUCAGCGGGUGAUCAAUGGCGGUUCCAGUUGAAGAGGCCAUUGCAGCACUGUCAACAUUCUCUCUUGAGGAUGAGCAACCGGAGAUUCAGGGACCAGGUGCCUGGGUUUCAUCUGAAAGUGCUGCGACUUCGAGCCCCAUUGAGUACAGUGAUGUUUCUGCGUACCGAUUGUCUCUCUCAGAGGACACAAAAGCUCUUAAUCAGCUGAACACACUUAUUCAGGAGGGGAAAGAGAUGGCUUCGGUGAUCUACACGUAUCGCAGUUGUGUGAAAGCACUGCCUCAGCUUCCUGAUUCGAUGAAGCAUAGUCAAGCUGAUUUAUAUCUUGAAACCUACCAAGUUCUGGACCUUGAAAUGAGUAGACUGCGAGAAAUUCAGCGGUGGCAAGCAUCAGCUUCGUCGAAACUUGCAGCUGAUAUGCAGCGAUUUUCAAGGCCUGAGAGACGCAUCAAUGGCCCCACAAUUACUCAUCUAUGGUCUAUGCUGAAGUUACUUGAUGUUCUGUUACAACUUGAUCAUCUAAAAAAUGCUAAAGCAAGCAUCCCAAAUGAUUUUUCUUGGUAUAAGAGGACAUUUACACAAGUUAGUGUCCAGUGGCAGGACACUGAUUCGAUGAGAGAGGAGCUGGAUGACUUGCAGAUUUUCCUGAGCACAAGGUGGGCUAUUUUAUUGAACUUGCAUGUGGAGAUGUUUCGUGUGAACAAUGUGGAAGAUAUUCUUCAAGUGCUCAUUGUUUUUGCUGUUGAGUCCUUGGAGCUAGACUUUGCACUUCUUUUUCCAGAGAGGCAUAUUCUCCUUCGAGUUCUGCCCGUCCUUGUUGUGUUAGCAACCUCAUCUGAGAAAGACAGCGAAUCACUUUACAAGAGGGUGAAAAUCAACAGACUGAUCACUAUAUUUAAGAAUGACCCCGUGAUUCCUGCUUUUCCUGAUCUCCAUCUUUCUCCAGCAGCAAUGUUGAAGGAAUUGUCGUCUUACUUUCAGAAGUUUUCCUCUCAAACUCGGCUCUUGACUCUACCGGCACCUCAUGAGCUUCCUCCUAGGGAGGCACUAGAUUAUCAGCGGCAUUAUCUGAUAAUUAAUCACAUUGGAGCAAUCCGAGCUGAGCAUGAUGAUUUUGCAAUUCGAUUUACUUCAUCCAUUAAUCAGCUUUUGCUGUUGAAGUCAACUGAAGGAGCAGAUGUUGAGUGGUCCAAAGAGGUCAAGGGUUGUGUCUACGAUAUGGUGGUUGAAGGGUUUCAACUAUUGAGCAGAUGGACCUCACGCAUUUGGGAGCAAUGCGCGUGGAAAUUUUCUCGUCCUUGCAAAGAAUUCUCUCCAAUUGAAUCAAAUGAAGCCCCCACAUCAUUCUCUGACUAUGAAAAGGUGGUUCGCUAUAACUAUAGCACAGAGGAAAGAAAAGCACUCGUUGAGCUUGUUAGCUACAUAAAGAGCAUCGGGUCAAUGAUGCAACGAUGUGAUACAUUGGUAGCUGAUGCCUUGUGGGAAACAAUUCAUGCUGAGGUCCAAGAUUUCGUCCAAAACACGCUAGCAACCAUGUUGAAAACAACAUUUCGGAAGAAAAAAGACCUCUCAAGGAUCCUUUCAGAUAUGCGAACCCUUUCAGCUGAUUGGAUGGCAAAUACUAGUAAGCCUGAGACAGAGUCACAAUCUUUGCAGCCCGGAGGUGAUGAAAGCAGGGCAAAUUUCUUUUAUCCAAGAUCUGUUCCACCAACAGCUGCUCAGGUCCACUGUUUGCAGUUUCUCAUAUAUGAGGUCGUCUCUGGUGGUAAUCUUAGGAAGCCUGGGGGGCUUUUUGGAAACAGCGGGUCUGAUAUUCCUGUUAACGAUAUGAAACAGUUGGAGACAUUCUUCUAUAAGCUUAGCUUUUUCCUGCACAUUAUGGAUUACACAGCAACAUUGGGAACUCUCAUGGAUCACGGCUUUCUAUGGUUUAGAGAAUUCUAUUUGGAGUCUUCACGAGUUAUUCAGUUUCCUGUAGAAUGUUCUCUUCCUUGGAUGCUUAUAGACCAGAUUCUUGAAUCUCACAAUGCGGGACUCCUUGAGAGCGUCCUCAUCCCUUUUGACAUCUACAAUGACUCGGCCCAGCAAGCAUUGACCAUGUUGAAGCAGCGCUUCCUAUACGAUGAGAUUGAAGCCGAGGUGGAUCAUUGCUUUGAUAUAUUUGUGUCGAGGUUGUGCGAUAUUAUCUUCACAUACUACAAGAGCUGGGGAGCAAGUGAACUUCUCGAUCCAUCAUUUCUUUUUGCCUUGGACAAUGGAGAGAGAUUUUCGGUCCAACCUAUGAGAUUCAUGGAACUUUUAAAAAUGACUAGAGUAAAGUUGCUUGGAAGGACUAUUGACUUGAGAAGUCUUAUUGCUGAGCGGAUGAACAAAGUUUUCAGAGAAAACCUUGAGUUUCUAUUUGACCGUUUUGAGUCCCAAGAUUUAUGUGCAGUAGUGGAAUUGGAAAAAUUAGUGGACAUAUUAAGGCACACGCAUGACUUGUUAUCAAAGGAUCUUUCGAUAGACUCCUUCAAUCUAAUGAUGAGCGAGAUGCUAGAGAACAUCUCACUUGUUUCAUACUCUAGUCGACUUGCUUCUCAGAUUUGGUCAGAGAUGCAAAACGACUUCUUGCCCAAUUUCAUUCUUUGCAACACGACUCAGAGGUUUGUACGUUCAUCAAAGGUGCCUCCUGCUCCAGUCCAAAAGCCUUCAGUUCCAUAUGCCAAGCCUAAUUUCUAUUGUGGGUCUGAAGAUUUGAAUUCUGCCCAUCAAAGUUUUGCUCGACUACACAGUGGAUUUCUCGGAAUCCCACACAUGUUUGCUAUUGUUAAACUUCUAGGACAAAGAUCAUUGCCUUGGCUUAUUCGGGCACUACUCGAUCAUAUAUCAAACAAGAUAACAACGUUGGAACCAAUGAUUAGUGGAUUACAGGAAGCUUUGCCAAAAUCUAUUGGUUUGCUUCCUUUCGAUGGGGGUGUAACAGGCUGUAUGAGGCUCAUCAAUGAACAGCUUAACUGGGGCAAGAAAUCAGAACUCAAAGCUGAGGUCCUCUCUGGGAUAAAGGAGAUCGGAAGCGUCUUAUAUUGGAUAGGGCUUCUUGAUAAUGUCCUGAGAGAAGUAGAUACAGCACACUUCAUGCAAACUGCUCCAUGGCUCGGUAUGGUUCCAGGGCCAGAUGGUCAAAUAGUGCAGUCUCAUGAAGGAGGAGUCAGCCCCAUAGUCCAGCUCUUUAGGUCAGCAACUGCUGCUGUCAUUCCAAAUCCGGGUUGUCCAAACCCUGCAUCCUUCCAGACAAUGGCAAAACAGGCUGAAGCUGCAGAUUUACUUUACAAGGCUAACAUAAACACAGGCAGUGUCCUGGAGUAUGCCCUUGCUUUUACUAGUGCGGCAUUAGAUAAAUAUUGCAGUAAAUGGAGUGGUGCACCCAAGACAGGUUUUGUUGAUAUUACGACCUCAAGGGACUUCUAUCGUAUCUACAGCGGCCUUCAAAUAGGAUAUCUAGAGGAAUCAGCGAGAGGGCGACCAAACAAUUAUGAAGUGCUCGGUGAUUCAGUUGCCUGGGGUGGCUGCACGAUAAUAUACUUGCUGGGGCAACAGCUGCACUUUGAGCUAUUCGAUUUCUCGUAUCAAGUCCUCAAUGUUGCAGAAGUCGAGGCAGCUUCAGUUUCACAUAGAAGUCCUCACUCUUCCCAGGGGUGGGAGGCACUACUGGAAGCUAUGAAGAAAGCCAGGAGGUUGAAUAAUCACGUGUUCUCGAUGCUGAAAGCGAGGUGUCCUCUUGAGGAUAAGGUGGCCUGCGCAAUUAAGCAGAGCGGUGCCCCUCUUCAUCGGAUCAAGUUCGAGAACACUGUCUCUGCAUUUGAGACAUUGCCUCAAAUAGGUGGCUGAACAAGACUUAGUAAAAGCUCGGGUUAUUUCUCGAUUUUCCAAGUUUGAAUGAUCCAGAUAGAAUUUUCGCCUGUAAAUAAGUCGUAUGCAGAAAGAGAGAAGAAAGGAGAGAGGAAUGUUCUUGAUAUUCGACUGGCCUGGUGAAAUGUAAUGUUAUUCACCACAAACUGAUCUGUUAGCUUUGAAGAUCAUAACGAAUUUGAAUCGAACGCUGUGAUCAUGCUAAUAUCAGAUCAAAUCAUGUUCUUGCAA